GCCGUACUUUAAUAGUAUUUCUCGUGACGAGAAAAAUGUAGAUUGGAAAUUUGGAAUGUUAUUUGCGGUUUUCCCAAUGUUCGAGUGAUUUUUUGAUUUGGAAGAGAAAGCAAAGCACAAGCAGAAACCAAAUCCUCUCCCAUAAUUUCCAUUUUUAGCUGAGAUAGAGUGAUUUUCUUCUUCCGAGCUUGCAUUUUUGUUGUUUAAUCUGUUCCAGGGAAGAUGGGUUUACUUGUAUUGUAUUUGUAACGCUCAAAAAGCUAUUAAAGGUGGGAGCUUUCUUAAAGCAUAAGCGUACAUGCGUGUGUUACUGAGAUGGGUAUGAGUAGACCUCAGAAGCUCAGCAAUGGAGUCUCGACCAGAUGGGUUUCUCUCUUCUGCAUUGCCAGCUUCUUCUUGGGUGUUCUUGUUGUCGACAGGUUAUGGGGUAUUCCUGAUCCAGCUGAUGUGGAUGAAGAGGCUUUUUCUGCAGUUAAACAUAAAACAGAUGCUUCUCAUCCCAUAUUAAAUUGUGAGAAGAAGGAGGUUCCUGUCCGUGCUGAGGACAUCCUUUCUCAAGUUUCACGAACUCAUGAUGUAAUUAUGACAUUAGACAAAACAAUCUCGUCACUGGAAAUGCAGCUAGCUGCGGCCAGGGCUGUCAAAGAUGAUAGUGAAGAGGGAUCUCCUGUGGUUAGGAAAUUAGGAACCGAGGACAAGAAAGAGCGCCAGAAGGUGUUCUUUGUUAUGGGAAUCAUUACUGCCUUCAGCAGUAGAAAGCGUAGGGACUCAAUCCGUCAAACUUGGAUGCCAAAAGGGGAGGAGUUGGGGAAGUUAGAGAAAGAGAAGGGAAUUAUAAUUCGGUUUGUUAUAGGACACAGUGCUAGUCCUGGUGGUGUUCUGGAUCGUGCCAUUGAUGCAGAAAAUGAGCAACAUAAGGAUUUUUUGCGAUUGAAUCACGUAGAAGGAUAUCAUGAACUGUCAACAAAAACCCAAGUAUAUUUUUCUACGGCUGUUGCUAAGUGGGAUGCCGACUUUUAUAUCAAAGUUGAUGAUGAUGUGCAUGUAAAUCUUGGUAUGGUUGGUUCUAUUUUGGCUGGCCAUAGAUCGAAAUCUCGUGUUUAUAUUGGUUGUAUGAAGUCCGGACCUGUCCUCUCACAGAAAGGGGUCAAAUACCAUGAGCCAGAAUAUUGGAAAUUUGGCGAGGACGGAAACAAGUAUUUCAGGCACGCAACAGGACAAAUUUAUGCAAUCUCCAAGGAUUUAGCCACCUAUAUUUCAGUAAAUAAGCACAUACUACAUAGAUAUGCAAAUGAAGAUGUCUCGCUGGGUUCUUGGUUCAUUGGACUCGAUGUUGAGCAUAUUGACGAUCGAAGUCUCUGCUGUGGGACUGACCCAGAUUGUGAAUGGAAGGUUCAAGCCGGGAAUCCCUGCGCUGCAUCAUUUGAUUGGAGCUGCAGUGGCAUUUGCAAGUCAGUUGAGCGGAUGGAGGAAGUACAUGAACGCUGUGGUGAGGGUGAUGGUGCUAUCUGGCACACCAGUUUUUAGAAGUCUUACCAUUUCUUCUUGUAAUAUAUAUUUAUGUCAGAAUGCAGAAAACCUUAUUGGGAGAGGUCCCCGCCUUUGGCGUCGAACCGUAUCUCGGAGGAUUAGUCCUGGGUUUGCCUAGGGAUAUCAUGGGAAACAAAAAAAAAAAAAAAAUUGUGGUGGAUUAGGCAAUGGACACUUCCAUCUGCCCGAUUUUUGCUUAUUCGUGCAUCGGACAGUUGGUUCAUUAUUGGAUUAAUUUAUGCACAUAAGAAUUUUCCAA